AACCCUACUAGACCCAUCCCUUUCGUUUAAAACCAACAAAAUGACUCUUUCAUCUUUCUCCGAACGCACCUCCGUCUAAUAUAUUUUCUUUACAUUCUCAUUUUAUUCUCUUCUUCUUCUUUCCAAACACCCACCACAAUACUCUCCGAGGGUUUUUUCAUCCACAAAUGGACAUCGAUAACGCUUCAAAGGAUCCUAACGUCAAUAGCACUCUCAUGGAAACGGAAACCGAUGACUCUCAAGAAAAAGACGAACAAAAAGAAGAGCUCAGCGAGUCUAUGAAGAAAUUGGGCAUUGAAGGUUCUUCUUCUGGGAAUGGAUCACCUAACUUCAAAAGGAAACCUGUCAUCAUCAUAGUUGUGGGAAUGGCAGGGAGUGGGAAAACUACAUUCCUUCAUAGGUUGGUUGCGCAUACGCAUGUAUCGAACAUUAGGGGUUAUGUGAUGAAUCUCGACCCCGCUGUUUUGACACUUCCGUAUGGUGCUAAUAUUGAUAUAAGAGAUACUGUUAAGUAUAAAGAAGUCAUGAAGCAGUUCAACCUCGGCCCUAAUGGUGGAAUUUUGACUUCUCUUAACUUGUUUGCAACCAAGUUCGAUGAGGUAGUUUCUGUUAUUGAGAAGCGAGCAGAUCAACUUGACUAUGUUCUCGUGGAUACCCCUGGUCAGAUUGAGAUAUUCACCUGGUCUGCUUCUGGUGCUAUCAUCACAGAAGCUUUUGCCUCCACAUUUCCCACUGUAGUUGCCUAUGUAGUGGAUACACCUCGUGCGGAAAAUCCCACCACUUUUAUGAGCAACAUGCUUUAUGCUUGCAGUAUCCUCUAUAAGACAAGAUUACCUCUCAUCUUGGCAUUCAACAAGGUCGAUGUAGCAAAACAUGAGUUUGCCUUGGAGUGGAUGAAAGAUUUUGAGGUGUUCCAAGCAGCAGCAAGUUCAGAUCAGUCAUACACAUCAAAUUUAACUCAGAGCCUUUCUUUGGCUCUAGAUGAAUUUUACAGUAAUUUAAGAUCAGCUGGAGUUUCUGCAGUUACUGGUGAAGGAAUUGAAGGCUUCUUCAAAGCUGUUGAUGCCAGUGCAGAGGAAUACAUGGAAAGCUAUAAGGCCGAUCUUGAUAAAAGGCGUGAAGAGAAACUGCGAUUGGAGGAAAAUCGCAGGAAGGAGAACAUGGAUAAACUGAGGAGGGAGAUGGAGAAAUCUGGAGGAGAAACUGUAGUCUUGAGCACUGGUUUGAAAGACAAAAAGGAAGAUGAGGAUGAUGAAGAGGAUGAGGAAAUGGAUGAUGAUGAUGAUGAAGUGAUAUAUUCCGAAGAUGAGGAUGUUAUAGAUGAGGACGAAGAUGAAGAGGUUGGUAGGUUUUCCUUCUGAUGUGAUUUUAUCAGCAUUUGGAUUGCAUCGGAACGAGCUCUUGUAUAGGACCUUGACUUCAUAUUUUUUGAUGACUAGCUAGACCUUGACUUCAUUUGGUACAUGCAUAAUGACCGUCAUAGUUUUACUACCAAUUAAUUGCCCAGUUUAUUUUCA